ACCCUCCAACACGCCCACUCCACUUUCCCGAGCAUGAACGCAGCCGUUCUUCCAGACCGGAGGCGGAGGAAAAAGCCGCUAUCCGAGCUGAUUUUCGAGACUCGUGUCAAGAGUGAGUUCGAUAAGACGGAACGUUGGUUCUCACCGGAAGGGAGUAUCAACGAGCACAUCACGGCAGCAUCCAUCACUAGAACUCUCCGUACCAAGGGCUCGAAGGCGCCGGUAGAUGAUGAUCUUGUCAAUUUCAUCCUUGAAAAGGCUAAAAGAGUAUUUGCCAUUGCCAUCUACAGCAGGCUAGAGAACGACAAACUUCGAAAAGCUAUGGAAUUCUUCAAGAGUCAUAACAUGCAUGACGAUGGCUUACCUUUUGUUAAAGCACAAUGGGAAGGGCACGCCGAGGGGCCCUUGGGACCAAAAGAGCAAGCCGAGUCCCCGUAUCACAGCUACGACAGUGCCGAUGAUGGUUAUGAUGACGAUGGAUACACCACUUCUGACGGGGAGGAUGACGAUGAGCCCUGGUCAAAGAUCAGCAUUGACGGAUUCUGCAAGGAUCAGUGGACCUUCUGUGCCCCCGUAUUCUCCACCGACAACAUCAACCACGAUCUUGAGCCAGAUACGGUGAUGCCCAUUACGAAAAAGGACACCAUCUCGGUGGCCCAGGGCUCCUUUGGAUCUGUAUUCAAGUGCCAAGUCCACAAGUCGCACCUCCAUGUGCCCGAGAACUCGAACAAUGUCGAUUGCUUCGAAUACGUUGCCGUCAAGGAAGUGCAGCGCGAGGUUCACCAAGACCGGAACAAAAUGGUCCGCGCCUGGGAAAACGAGGCCCGGAUCCUUUGGGGCAUGAACUUGCUCAAUCAGAAACACAUUGUCAAGUUCAUCACGGCAUUUCGCCGAGGACAAGACGAUCACUACUUGAUGUUCGAGUGGGCAAAUGGUGGCAACCUGAGGAACUUGUGGAAGGAGGUUAAACGCCCUGCCUUGACCGGCGACCUCGUGCGAGAGACAAUGGUUCAACUCUGCGGACUUGCCCAGGCUAUCGAAAAGGCCCAUUACCCUGGCGACGACCGUUUGUAUCGCCACGGAGAUCUGAAGCCCGAGAACAUACUCUGGUAUACAGACGAGUGCGGGAGUGAGAAAAGAAUCGGUACACUCAAGAUAGGUGACUGGGGCCUUGCCAAAAGGCACGAUAUCGCCACCGAACAUCGGAGCAACAAAACCACUACUGAGUACGGAACAAGGCGAUACGAGUCGCCGGAGGAGUAUACUUGUGAGCAUACCGGUCUCAAGGCUCCAGUGUCCUUGAAGAGAACUCAGAAUCGUCGAUCUCGUCUUUACGAUAUCUGGGCGAUGGGCUGUAUUGCCCUGGAGUUCUUGGUUUGGCUUAUGUAUGGUCCAGAUGAGCUGAACAGAUUCAACGAGGGUAUCAAAACACAAUUUUCCGACCAUUCUCCCUUCUACGAAAUCGUACAGGACGAUGUCGACAACGCGAAGGACAUGCCGAGAGCCAAGGUUCACUGGGUCGUGGAGAAGUGGAUGGACCAUAUGGCCAAAGAUCCCGCCUGCGCGGUUGGGACCACGGCCCUAGGAAACCUGCUGGAGCUCAUCAGAGAUCGCCUUUUGGUGGUGAAGCUGCCGGUCAGAAUGGGAACUUCACCCGACCUGUCACCAACGAUCAAAUCGACAAAGGUCGAGAUACCCAGCGAUAUCAGCUUGCACGCUUCAGAUUCGAUUAGCAACCCGGUCCAUACCAUGAACAUUCCCGAGAUCAACAUCACCGACUUGGAACCAACGGAGCCCUCGGCGAAACCAGGGGGUGAGCCCGAGGUUUUCAUCAAACGAACAUCUGGGGGGUGGGAGCGUGCUCUGGCCAUCGGCUUCCACACCGCAAUGCUGGAGAUCUCAGGUAAGGAUGAAGGAGCUAGCUACUGGCUUACAUGUUUGCCAGGACCCCCUCCAGAUCAAGAUCCUGGAGACCGCCCCAUCUUGGCACAAGGCGGAAGUGCCUAUCCGACCGAACCCACGGUCUCAGAUAUGGGCCUGAUUGGACAAGAAAGGCGACAGGACUUCCCGUUGCGGCCUGCGACACAGACCCCAGGCGCCAGAACCGAAAGAGUCAAUCGUAAGUGCUCAACAUGUCGAUUAGUGCAGACGAUCGUAAAUGCUCAAAAUGAGCCCUCUCGGAAAUAUAGGAUCUUCUUUUUCGUCUGUGAACUCACAAUUCUUCAGCAUCUCGAAAACGACUGGAACUUGAUUAUCGACAACGAAUCUGCCAACCACGUCCUAUCCUCGAUGAAGUUAGGGGCUCUAUCCGGACCCAAGUCUCCCCAUUCCUCUAAGCUUUGUGCAUCAUGCCAGAAGUUUCGGGAUGAGAUCUGGAGCCCGGCAUUCGGAAUGUCUUAUAGUGUCCAAAUUGUAGAAGAAAACGCCAAUUCCGAAAGGUGUGACCUCUGCAGGAUACUCUGGAAGAUUUGCAGGCGACGAGACGCCACCAACGCCGGAAAUGUGACCUUCGAGAGAGUGGGAUCGUCCCUCACCAUGAAUAGUUACGGGCCUCCGGUCAUGUCCAUUUUCCGAAGCCCUGGUCUCAAGACAAGGAUUGACCAGGAUAUUCAGAUUGGUCUUCCAUGCCUCCCAUCAGCUUCUAGCGAUGAAUACCUCGAGAUCAUCCGGGGUUGGGUUGAACUAUGUGAUCUUCAACACAAGGAUUCAACUUGCCAACACCUCAGUCGAGGCAGCUCUGCCGCCUCUAGCUACCACGGAAGAUUGCCGACUAGGGUCAUUUCUGUGGGAAGUAAGGGCGAUCCCACUGUCAAGCUCCUGGAAACCACUCCUAGCGACACAGGAGAAUGGGUAGCUUUGUCUCACCAAUGGGGUGGAGGGCUCCAGUUCUCGACGACCAGACAAAACCUGCGCCAUCAUAUCCAGGGCAUUAGCAUGGAUCAACUUCCUGCUACUUUCAAAGAUGCCGUGACCGUGACCCGAGCAUUGGGCCGUCCAUACCUUUGGAUAGACUCUCUUUGUGUCAUUCAAGGGAAAGACGGAGAUUUCGACCAAGAGGCAAAGCGAAUGGAACAAGUGUACAGCGGCGCAUACUGUGUUUUGGCGGCCAGUCGGUCUCCUGGACACUACGCUGGCUUUCUCCAACCCAGACAAGCAAAUGACAGCGUGACCAUGCAACGAGAUGGAGACUCUGCGCCCUUUUACAUCCGCGAGACGAUCGACGACUUUCAACAACAUGUUCUGGAAGGGGGACUAAACCAGAGGGGUUGGGUUCUGCAAGAGCAUGCCCUUGCUCGACGCACGGUAUACUUUACCGACUACCAGACUUAUUUCGAGUGCGGCAAUGGUGUCCACUGUGAAACAAUGACCAAGAUGACCAAUGACCUGGCUGCUUUCCUGGGCGACCCGAAUUUUCCUCGGAUCAUCAUGGGGGCAGACCAAGGCGAAAAGAUUCUUCGGUACCAAGAUCUUUACAAAAGAUACUCUCGACUUGGUCUCUCAAACCCAUCUGAUCGAGCAGUUGCCAUCAACGGUCUUCAAGAGCGUAUUCUUCAUGCUCUUGGCGUCGAGGGGGGAUUUGGGGUCUUUUUUGAAGACACAAAGGAUGGCCGCGGUCGUGGACUCCUUCGAAGAAGCUUGCUCUGGUGCCGUGCAUCUGACGCGCUUGCUCUCUCUCGGAUUUACGUACCAGAUCACCGCGCCGCCUCUAAGGCUCCUUCAUGGUCAUGGAUGGCGUACACCGGUGGCAUUGACUAUAUCGCUCCCAACUUCGGUGACAUGGACUGGGAAGAGAUUCAGUCGCCAUGGGAUGCCAAGUCUCGCUCGAGAGACGACAUGUUUCUGGUCGCCGCCGCACGAAACUACAAGACUGAUGACGAGUAUGGCAAUCUUGUGUUUGAUGACCCCGAGUCGUCAGCCCAACUUCCAAUGAAGUGUGUCGUGCUUGGGAAGCAGAAGGGGAGAACGCCAGUCAAAGAAAAAUUACACUAUCUCUUAGUGGUCCAGGAAAGAAAUGGCAGAUAUGAGCGAGUCGGGGCUGGAUACUUGCCCGGGAGGUGCAUUCACCCUAGGGCGAAGAAGAUUAUCAUUCACUAG